GACAACGUGAACAUAGAAAAAGUGGGCUGAAAUAAAAACCAUUAGAAGUUAAAUUAAAAUGCCAUAAUUGUAUCGUACAAGCUUACUCAAAUUAAACUAGUGAAAAUGUAUUUUCGUAAACUGUAUACGCUAGUGUUUCUACGCAACGAUACGCACAUUUUAUUGGGACUCAAAAAACGCGGAUUUGGUGUAGACAAAUGGAACGGUUUUGGCGGGAAGGUGGAAAUUAACGAAACAAUUAUUGACGCUGCGAUCCGUGAAUUGAAAGAAGAGAGUUGUGUUGUCGUGAAAAAGUGUAAUUUGAAGAAUAUCGGCCAUUUAGAGUUUACCUUUGAAGGUGACCCCACUAUGAUGGAUGUACGGGUAUACUCUGCAUCAAUUUUCGAAGGGGCUCCUACAGAAACUGAUGAGAUGUCGCCAAAAUGGUUCGCCUAUACAGAGAUCCCAUUUCAAGAUAUGUGGCCAGAUGACAUUAUAUGGUUCCCUUUUAUGUUAAAAGGUAAACUAUUCUAUGGAAAGUUUCAUUAUAAAGGGUAUGAUACAAUCUUAAAUUAUGACUUGCAAGAAAUUGAGUCUAGGGAAAGAUUUUAUGAUGAUAAAAAUAAAUAGGUUUUAUUAACAUUGAACAGUAAUGUACUACUUACUAGAGAGGAUACUUUUACAGAGCCAGUAGUUAUGCUCUGUUGCUGCCCACUGAGCUGCAAGUAUUUUAGUGAGUCUAACUGUGUGUAUCAGGACACAAAACUUAAAAUAAAUAUUACAAAGUUGCAGGAAGCUGCUAGAAAUAAAAAAAUGCUGCUAAGAAGUAGUUAAGGCACAGAUUAAAGACCACACUCCAUUUUGAGAUUCAAUUAGAAAGUCUCUGGACAUGCACUAUCUGACAUUAGAAGGAUAGAAAAAUCAUCUUAUUAAUGUCACACACCUCUUUGGGUAUAUUAUUGAAGACUUAUAAGACUUUAAAUGCUUUUUAAGUUAAUUAAUUUAAAAGCUGAAGACUAAAAACUUUGCCGCCCAGUAAUCUAUAAACUCAUUAUAUUUUACUCAAAGAUUGUCUACAACAUAACUCAAGAGUAGCAUUUAGCUUCUCUGACCAACUGAAAACUUUGUGGUAAACCACUGUAUAUUUUGUAUACUUAUAUGUAGUAAUAAGGAACUCUCUCACAUUGAGAUAUACUCUAUUUAUUCCACUUUGUCUUAUUGUAAACAAAAUUUUCAUUACUUUUUAGUGUAAAUCAUGUUUUAAAAAUAGAAGAAAAACAAAUGAGUUGAAAUAAAUAAAAUAAAAAGAGAUAUUCUUUGUGCUUAAAAGUAAUUGAUAGAUUGUUUACAUCGUAAGAGGUAAUAGAAAACAUUAAGCGUAGUUUUGCGAUACAAAUAAAUGCAGCAUAACAUUGCAAUUGUUUUAAAAAUGUCAGAAUGUCAAAAAAUUUGGGAUAAACACUGCAAAACGAUUAAAACAAUAUGCCACAUCCUUUUUGUAUGACUACAAACAAUCAUUCAUUUGCAUUUCAACAUGUUUUAAGUGAGGAUAUAUUUCUGAAUUUUAUGAAAUUAGAUUUCUAUAACAAGUAUUAUUGUAAAAGUAAAUACAGGCAUUACCAGACAGAAUAAAACAGAAAUAUAGAUAUAAUCCUCACUCUGGCUUCAGGUUUUAAACUUGUAACUUGAUAGUAUUCUAAAAACUAACAAAUUCUUCAAUUUGCUGUUCACAUAAUAUAUUAGGCCUUCAACUGAUUUAUUAUUUGAUUGACAGAUUAUUCAUACUUGUUACUUUAUGUUAGGUACACAAAAAUACCAAUUUUCAGUGCUGUGAAAAAUUUAUUUUUAAGUUCAGCGUAUUGUUAUUUUUAAAAUAUGUUUGUUUUGUUGGAUUGUUUUGAAUUGAUUGGUUUCUUUGUAACAUAUAAAUUGAUAUAUAUAGUU